AAUGCAACUUUUCCUGAGUAUUGCGAUACUUUUCGGGACUGCAGUCACUGCGACUGUUUGUUCCCCGACCCUGAGUACCAUCCAGGGUCCUUCCCAGGGCACUAGUACCACUACUGCCCCGGUUGAUGAAGACUGCCUCUCAACUAUUGACUGGCUGGACAUCGUCUUCAUUACUGCAGUUCCGAUUGCCGCUGGCUUCGGACUGCUCAUGCUCUUGGCCUUUCUGCAAGAUCUCCGACAGGUUAAGAAGAGCAACCAUUCCUGGCCUCCUCCUCCCCCUACCAUCGGAAGGAAUAGAGCAAGAAAGGAACGAACCUAUGUCAUUGACAUAGCGUAUGCUGGCCGUACCCCUUGGUGUGCAAAGCCCAGCUCCUCCUCUGGUGCAAGCACAAACCAACGUCUUGUGAGACUCCGGGGAACUUUUGGCUUCAGCAACUGGACUCCUUUUGAUCUGACUCUCGGUAAGAAGUCGGAGCAGAAGAUGAUAACAACAACUCACUCCAUUGGUAAGCUCGUUGCCGUGGAGAUGAAGUAUCCUUCAAUGAGCAGAGGACUCAACUCCAGGCAGAUUCCCUCUUCCAACAUCUGGAGCUGCCUCUGUGGACUCUUCAAAGGGGAAUAUGAUAUUAAGAUCAAGACCAUCCAUGUACUGGACACCAAGACGCAGAACAAGUUCAUCUCUAAAGAGUGCACAAGCAACCCGGAGCAAGGCAUCACAGCACUCUUUCCGCUGCUUCCUUUCACUGCCAAGCCAGCACCCAGUGUCAGCCACUUCGCUUACUUCAUCAAGAAUGCUCUUCUGUUGACGUCGACCUUCAUUCCGUGGCGCGAGGGGAACUUCACCGGUGCUCGACACAUAACCCGUUUGUUUGCAUACAUAUCGUACACCUUGUUUGCCUCACAGGUUAUGUCUGAGUUUUACCUGAAUCCGUCACUUGAUGAGAUCAUUAUCGUCAGUUUUACAGACAUCACCAUCACCAUGGCGGUUGUGAUCCGGGCAGCUAUGAUUGGUACAGUGGUGUUUGUUAUAGUUGGUGUAAUUGAAGUGGUGUUCCGGGGUGCACCGACCAUCUGGUUGCUGCCUAUGGCAUGCAUUGCUCCUCGAACUGAGGAUGGAAGUUCAAACUCCAGUGGUACCGAACCACAUCGAGUUCAAUCAACAGCUGGAAACUUCUAUGAAGGUGACUGUGAAGAAGUUGAAGAAGGCCUUCUUCGUAAGUCGGUCAGCGCUCCUGAAAUGCAGCAACAAAUGACUGGAACCGACCGAGACAUCAACAGUGGUGUAUCAUCUAGUAAGACAAUCAGCAAGAAAGGUGGGGCAGUCAGUGAGGCUGGGCGUGACAAGUAUAUUACCAUCUCUUGUGGAGAAGCCUUGACUGCCUCCAAUGGGCAGGCUGUGAUGAGUGAGAACAAGUCACUUGGCAAGGCUGACAGGAAUUCUAAACCUGACCUCAAGACUACCGACAGGCUUAUCUAUGAUGGCAUCUGUGGAGACAAUCAGUCCAUCUGUCCUGAAAACAUGCUUGAAUGUCCUCACAAGUUCACUUGUCAUAAGUGCAUUGUUUGCAAGCGGACAACAGGAAGGGCAUUCUACAGCCCGGGAGCAUCUACUUCAUCCGGGUAUGCACCAGUUGGCUACAAUGAUCUGUACGGAGUACAGUUUCUUUCAAAUCAGGCAUACACCAGCUCCAGUUGUGACUCGGAUAUAACUGAUUUUCAUACAGAUGGGAGUUUGAUUGUGAGUCGUUCGAGUUCAAUGUCCAGUUUAACCUCCUUAACAUCUGAGAGAUCAAGUGAAUCCGUGCCUGGUGAUAAUUUCAGUAUCUCGCACAGACCUUUCUAUCAGGAACCAGCAAUGCCGUAUAAACAGACGAGCAUAUCUGAUAUAGGCAAACUAAAUGUGACAACAGAAUGUGAAACUUCUCAUCGCAAAUCGACAGUAUAUGGGCAACCUGAUUCUGUUGACACAGCCACGUCAACAUCUGAUUUGGCCCUUAAUCGACAGAUGACCAACAGGCAACUGGAGGCUGGUGAUGGAAACCUGUCAUUUAGACGGUGUAAGAUCGUAGAGGAUGAAGCGUACAUUCGGGAAAGGUUCGCAGUGUACUCUUCUGCCCUCAAGGAUUCCACCAUCAGCUCUGCGAAAGUUAUCCGCACCAAGAGCUACAUCAACAAGUUCACUGAUAUGGGAAAAGGAAAGGUAGUAUUCCUCAAGUCAGAUCCAGAUAAGAACUGCGAAUCGAAUCUCAUCAACCAGAAGACCAAGACCAAGAAACCAGCAAGUGCUAAAUCUAGUAAGCGCACAUCGAAGAAAGCCAAACUUGUUCGCUGGGAUCCAGUUGAUAACAAGCCGGUUGACUACAUUAUCGACAUGGCUAUGGCGGUUGAGGUGCCAAGUGUGACUGUACAGACAAGUGGAAGUGGCAAGUUAUUUCUCUUCAGCAUCAGGAAAUGGCUCGGGGGACUUCUGUUUAAAUCGAAGGUCAAAGUAGGAGAUGAUUACAAACUGGAGAUCACUGAAAAUGACAGCUGUGUCGAGAUCUUAGAUGAAAACGCCUGUUUUAAAUCUAUGCCAAAGGAGGAGGAAGAGAGGAUCACAGAUCAAAAAGAUGACAUCAUCAUGAACCUCGCUGUUGAUCAUCUCCAAGGAUCUAUCUUCAAAUCCUCAAGCCGCCUCAUUGAGUACUUGCCAUCAGUCAAAGGUGUGGCAUCUUCAAACAGCUGGGAUAGCGUCUCAUCAGCUCAAGAUGUGAUCCCACUGGAAUGCGCUGCUCGCUUGAACGGCAAUAACAAGAACAACAACUACAGCAGUGACUGGACAGUCAUUGAGAUGGAACCGCAGUACACAGCGUCGUCGUCAACCACCAUCACUGACAAUGACUUCUCUCCUGACAGCACUCCAACAAGCAGCGGUGACAGUGGCUUAAGCUCAACCUCCUUGCGUUCAAUUGAAGCCACAAAUUCAGACAAGAGCAUGUGUUCAGAUCGCCAUAGUUACAAUGAAAUCGCUCGCCCACGAUUUGCGUAUUUCAAAGCCACACAUGCAGCUAAUCCAACCGCUGAAAUCAAGAGCUAUGCCGAAUACUACCAACCCAUCGGCUUCCUGAUUUUUCACAUCUUAGUUGUUUUGUCUUGCAUGGCACUCACAGUGUGGUCGGUGUUCUCAGUGGACGGUAUGUGUGCGGUAGUCUUCUGGGAGUGGGUUGCCGUCUCUAUCAUCGCUGUUCUCAUCCAGGUUUUCAUCUUGGAUUUGAUCAAGGCUGUGAUUCUCACACUCGUUAGAUGGCACGCAUUCCUCCAGGAUGAGAAAGCCAAGCCAUACAGUGUCAUCAUUUAG